GAGGCUCAGUGCAUACCAAACUAUCUUUAGGACCCAGCGUGUCUCCUCCUCAGCCUUUGUAGUUUUUGUGUGGAGAUGAGGGAGACUGAGAUGUGCUUCUUGCUUAUCACGAUUCACAUCGAGCUUUUUAGCAGCUGAGGGGGGGGUGCUGCACAGGGCAAUUUGAAGCCAGGAUCAGCUCCCACAACUGCUUGUUUUUAUUUUCACGUUUUUUGUUUUUUUUUUUUUUUUUUUUUUUUUUUUUUAGCUUACAUUACAUUUCUUUCCAUCUCAUUGUUAGAAUUUUUUAUUUUAUUUUUUAAUUUUGGGACACUAUGAAAGCCAAUGCAUUUCGGGUGCAUUCCUGCUGCUGGCUGGGACUAUGAUUUAUCAGCUUUGUUCUCAUGACAGCCUUGCACUCAUUCAGUCUCAUCAAAACAGGAGAGAGCGGUGAUUUCUCUUUAACUUUCUUGCAUCUUCGACGAUUCCAGCUGCAGCAGGUACUUUCUGCACUUGAGCGGCUGUCCUGCGGUGUGUAGGUGUUGAAGCAGCCAUGUGGAGCAGAGAGAGCGCUUCUCUACUCCUCUUCUGCCUGCUGGCGCUCACAGCCCUCUGGAAAACCAGGCCAGUGAAUGCCGAUGCCACAUCUGAUGCCUUUAAAACCAAUAUCACCCUGUUCACACGGAUCCUGGACAGCCUGCUGGAUGGAUAUGACAACCGUCUACGGCCUGGUCUUGGGGACAGGAUAACUGAAGUGAAGACAAACAUCUACGUCACCAGCUUUGGACCAGUUUCAGACACAGACAUGGAGUACACCAUAGACGUUUUCUUCCGGCAAAGCUGGAAGGAUGAGAGGUUGAAAUUUCAUGGACCGAUGAAUAUUUUGCCCCUCAACAACCUGAUGGCAAGUAAAAUCUGGACUCCAGACACCUUCUUCCACAAUGGGAAAAAGUCUGUGGCUCAUAACAUGACCAUGCCUAAUAAACUGUUGAGGAUCAAAGAUGAUGGGACACUGCUGUACACCAUGAGGUUAACUGUGCAUGCAGAGUGCCCAAUGCAUCUGGAGGAUUUCCCCAUGGACUUUCAUUCCUGUCCACUAAAAUUUGGCAGCUAUGCCUACACAAUCUCAGAAGUGACUUAUGCUUGGACUCGAAAUGCCUCCGACUCUGUGGUGGUGGAAGGAGAAAGCUCCCGCCUGAACCAGUAUGACCUGCUUGGACAAACGGUCGGACAAGAAACUAUCAAAUCGAGUACAGGUGAAUACACGGUGAUGACGGCUCAUUUCCAUCUGAAGAGGAAGAUUGGCUACUUUGUCAUCCAGACGUACCUCCCGUGCAUCAUGACAGUCAUUCUCUCCCAAGUGUCUUUUUGGUUGAACAGAGAAUCAGUGCCAGCUAGGACUGUGUUUGGUGUAACCACUGUUCUCACUAUGACAACGCUGAGUAUAAGUGCGAGGAACUCCCUUCCCAAGGUUGCCUACGCCACUGCCAUGGACUGGUUCAUCGCUGUCUGCUACGCCUUCGUCUUCUCCGCUUUGAUUGAGUUUGCCACUGUCAAUUACUUCACAAAGCGCGGCUGGGCUUGGGAUGGAAAGAGUGUUGUGACCGACAAGAAAAAAGAGCGGGCAUCUGUCGUCAAGAAGAAUAAUGCCUACGCUGUAGCAGUGGCCAACUACGCGCCUAAUAUCACCAAGGACUCCAGCACACUUCCAACUAUUGCCAAAGGUGGAGCUUCGGAUCCCAACAAGGCCAAAGCAGAUGGCAAAGCUCAAGAAAGCAAGAAGACAUUCAACAGCGUCAGCAAAAUUGACAGGAUGUCAAGGAUUUUGUUUCCGGUUCUCUUUGGCUCCUUCAACCUUGUCUACUGGGCCACCUACUUAAACAGAGAACCCGUUAUAAAGGAUAUGGUCCCCUCUAAUUAGAGGCCAGUUUUAAUGGGUUCUGGUCUGGGGACUAAGAGAUGAACCAAAUACCUCCAGCAACUGUGUACACAUACCUUUGCAGAGUGAAGCCCUGGAUUGCAGUGUGAUCCUCUAUCUCCGCCUGUUUUCUACACCGUCUGCAGCACUUUUGAAAAGCCUGGCUUUUGUAAAUGUGUAUGUAUAUUUAUAUUCAUGGUUUCAUGGUGACAUAUUGUGUGAUUACUUCGAUUAGAGUGCAUAUUUCCUUGAAAGUAUGUUUCCAGUUACAGUAUGUGGCCACUGUACAUACAAGUCAAAGAGUAGAGAUGAACACAUAAACAUUAACACAUACAUUUAAUUUAAGAUUACUUCUAAAUGUGUUGAAUUUUGCUGGUAAUGCCCACUCUCUUGAUAUUACAGUAUAUAUUUUUCUGUUGAGUGAAAGAGACUUUCGUACUUUCUUUGCCAUCUACUGUAAGAGUAACCUGACUCUUUUUUUCUGUCCAAGCCAAUGCAAAAACACACUUGUAUAAUAUUGUUACAGUGUCAAAGUUGUUUUAUCUGUGACUACAGGUAUGGGGCUGCAAUCCAACGCUGACCUCCAAAAUUAUUGAAACACUCCAAGCCAAAAAAGGUUGUAAAAAAUACAGAGGAAGCUAGAAAAUUAGUGUGCUUGUGUGUUUAAUACUGUGUAGUGCUGCCAACUUAAGUUUGCAGUGGUAUCAUUUGGAGUAACAGGAAAAUAUCUAUUUGAAAAAUGAAUGAGAACACAUUACAUUGAGAAAGGAAAGAAACAAAAAGAAAAAGAAAAGGGCUAAAACCAACAGAAUUACAAAAGAUGCACACAGUGUGUUUUGAGGUGUUAAAAGCUCAAACUCAAGCGCCUACGUUCAGUUCAUGAAUGCUUUGUAUAUUUACAUGAAGUCAAUAUUGUUUUUAUUCAUGACAUAUGGAAAAAGCAGAUAUUAAGUCAAAAAAGUGCAAUUACUGAAUUGCUUUGAAUGGUAUGUUUAUACAUGUAUGCUGUCAAGUUAUGCUAGCGCUAGCAGGGUUUAAGAAAAAAAAUCUACUUGUAAUACUGAAAAGUUUUUUUUUUUGUUUUUUUCUUUACAAAAAAUAAACUAUAAUCUAUAACUUAAUAACUGAAUACUAUCAGAAGCAUCUAACUCGAUGAUAGAAUGGAAGUCUAUGAAGUUCAUCCAUUAUGUAUUAGCGUUGAUAGUCAAUAGAAACAUCAUUAACAGAAAUAACCUGCAGUUUAACAUGCUUGAAAAUGCAUUUAUCAUUUUCGACCUCUAGAGGGCAGAAGGACACCACACAAAAGAAAGACACACAGCCCUGACGAAAUAUUGUCUUAUAAAGUUUUUGGCUAACGUUUUAGCAAACAAAAUGCCUAUUUACGCAUCCAACAGAGACGGAGCUACAUUAUCAUCACAUUUGUUGCGUUUAAGUCUAGCAUUUACUCCUCUUUUAGCUCUGUUUUGGUCUCCACCAACUCCCGAGGAAACUAUCUGAAACUUUUGCCUUUUAGAUGUUUGACUUUCUUCACCAGCCAGCUAAAUUGUUAACUUUAUCUGUCUGCCAUUUGGUGCUGGGCAGGUAGAGCACAGUUGGUCUGUCAGACACUAAGUGUGCUGCUUUAAAACCAAAACAACGAGCUACAAAAGGCUAAAAAGAAACUUAGAAACAUCAAUGCAGUAUCAUUUAUAAAAGUACAGUAACAUAAAUGGAAUCUAUUGCUAAAGGUUCAAAGAAUUUGUGAGAUGAAAAAUUAGAAGAAGAAAAGCACGAAGAACAUUGCUUCACAAGCACACUAAGCUAAGCUUUCACAAUUAUUUUGUACAUUUUUAUUUUAUCAUUUUUAUUUAAUUUUGCAAGGUUAAAACCCAAAUAAUUUCAUAUGCUAAUUACUACUGUAUGGUUUAGUGGGAAAAUCUGUCUAAAUUUGUUUAAAAUUGGUUUAUUACAGCUUUUUAUUGGCUUGUCCGUGGUGGUAAUAACUCUGGAGGACAGUGUGGAUAUGUUGGUGUAGACUAGAGCACUGUGGCGGUACUAAUCAGGAUGUCUGCCAUUACAAUUUUAGGUGAUUAUUCAUAUCCAGUGUCUGGCUAUUUACAACACAUUUGAUGAUCCCACAUUUUGAAAUAAUUACAGAUAUGAAAUGGAUAGGACUGCAAACACAGGGCUGCUUUGUGCCAAUAUGAACUUCAAUGAAUUGUGUGUGGAUGAUAGUCACAUUCGUCUGCCAGCAAAUCUUUUGUGUAAUAUGCCUAAAGUGAGAGGAUACAGCCAGGAUUUGGGACUAAAUUAAUAUUUUUGAUUGUGAAAUUGUCAUAGAUUUGUAGUUUCAUCUCAUAUUCUUCUGCAGGUUUGAUUGUUGUAUACAGUUGUACUUUGGACUAACUCAAAAGCCAUAUACAGUCAUCGUGUAAUCCAGUUGCAUCAGCAACAAAGUAACAGGGACAACCAAUGAUUGUACUUCAUGAGCAUACUGUAUUAGGCAAAGCAAAUAAGUAUUGUAUAAACCUAUUUUGACACAAUCUCUGCCAUAGAUGCUGCGUAUCGAGAAGACAAAUCAGCCCCAUACCAGUAGCCAUAUAUGGUACUCUACAGUGUUAUUUUAUUCAUAAUGUGAUAUGCUUUUGCUUCACAUCCGUAUUUUAACUUAAUUUAACUUAAUUUGAUUGUUGAAUCAAACUUUGCAUGAAGAUGAAAUCUACCAUUUACAUUUUUUAUUAUUAUUAUUUUUUUUUUUUUUUUACAAAUUAUGUUGUCAGAUAUAAAAAAAUUUCAAUUCAAAUUUUCUCCAACGUCCUGAUAGAAUAUUAAACAUUCCAGAUAAAAUGAUUGUUCACGAGGUGGAUGCUUGAUUCAGUUUACAGUUUCUAAUAAAACAUGUAACAUUUCAAUUCUUUA